AUGAAUGCCUUGGACCAUCUGAAUCUCAAUCUAAAAGUCCACUCCAUAGGAAAGUCAGGGGAAGAAGGAAACCUUGGAGCCUCACUGAGAAUCAAACAGCUUUCCAAAGAUUUCCAGGGCACAUCUGCCAAACGCACGCCCCCCAGCUCUAGGUCUGUUGGCCCAUAUGACCGGUGGCAGAACCUCUCCCUUCCUCUGGAUCAGUCCCAGAUCCGCUCCAAACCCAAGCCCCCAGCGAAAACACCUAUCAAGGCAAAAAAGACCUUCGGCUGGGGUAAUUUCUACCUCAAUAUCAAAACCGUUAAGUUCAGCCUCCUGGUGACGGGUAAUAUAGUAGACCACAUCAACGGCACUUUCAGUGUGUACUUCCGUCACAACUCGUCCCGUCUGGGGAAUAUCUCAGUGAGUAUUGUUCCUCCCUCCAAACCCAUGGAAUGGGAGGAUUUGGGACGCGCGGAGCUCAGGUCCCAGAAUCAGGCACAGUCCACCACCUAUGAACACCAGUGGGAGAUGAAGGCCCUGAACUGCAGGGUGGAGUCCCAGAGAACCAACAAGGCCAAGAAGACCAAACCGUGUCUUUAUGACCCCUCCCAGACCUGUUACUCAGAACAAACCCAGUCUCAUGCUGUCUGGAUCUGUGCCAAGCCCUUCAAGGUCAUCUGCAUAUUUAUCUCUUUUCUCAGCACAGACUACAAACUGGUGCAGAAGGUCUGCCCAGACUACAACUUCCCAGCUGAGCCCUGGCAUUUUGGAGGACGGGGAUAG